AUGGCCGGUUCGCGGGACAGUGUUACGUCCAAAGGCAGCUCUAGUUCUUCGACUGCUCAUUCGUGGGGUUUGGGAUCUAUUUUCAAUGGGUUUUCAGAAUAUAAAAAGAGGCUUAACUUGCCCAACCCUGGUACUUUCGAGGGUCUACAUCGGGAAGUCAAGAGUGAGUAUGACUUUUGCGUUUAUGGGUGGCAGCAGGAAUGGGGCGAUGUACGUAUUAUUGCUACUUUCCUUACCAAUCAUCUGUUCGAUGGAGCACGGGCUGACUUGACAAAGGUGUUAUCGCAUAAUUUCCAAGUAAUGCAUCAAUUCACACUCGGAUCGUCUGCUGGACAGCAGUCAUAUAACUUUGGGACUGCAUAUGUUGGGACGAAAACUGUCCUUCACGGUACUGUCGACACAGAUGGUAAUUUGUCGGCACGUGCAAAUUAUAUGUGGACCCCUAAUUUUGUAACGAAGGUUCAGGCACAGCUAUCACCAACCCCGGGACACUCAAUGCUCCAACUGGAACAAGAUUACCAAGGCUCAGAUUACUCUUUCAAUUUCAAGACAGUCAAUCCAUCACCAGUAGAUUCCACGGGCAUUUUCAUACUGAGCUAUCUGCAAUCAGUAACUCAGAAAUUGUCAUUGGGCACCGAGAUAGUGUAUCAAAAACUAACAUCCGAUUUAGAGGAGACGGUCAAACAGUACGUGAUGAAGUAUACUGGAAAAGAUUACAUUGCUACAUUAAAUUAUCAGGAAGCAGGAGCAUUACAAGCAUCUUAUUAUCAGAAAAUAAAUGAAAAGGUAGAUUUCGGUACUGAGCUGCAGAUGUUACUUGACGGCGGCAGAAGGGCUGUAUGCACUGUGGGGGGUAAAUUCGACUUCCGUGCCGCGACAAUUAGAGGACAAGUCGAUACAACAGGACGUGUGAGUGUGGUUAUAGAAGAGAAGAUUGCCCCUGGUUUUAGUUUUCUAAUUACUGGCGAUAUGGAACAUGCCAAGGGACAAUCACGAUUCGGAAUUGGUAUUCAAAUGGAACAAUAG